GUCAGUCUAGAGACAAGUAAUGUAAAUGUAUACUGAAUUGAGAUUUAUAGGAACAAUUUACGAAAUUUUAAUAAAAUGUCUUUAGGCAAAUAUCUUGCCCUUGAUAAAUUAUCCAAUUUCUUCAACAUUAUUAAACAAAAUGGUGGAAUAAGGGCAUCUUUGUACAAGAUGUACAGGUGAAUAUGUAAAUGAAAUCGCUUAUUAUGUAAUUUGUGGCUGGGUUAUGUUUGGUUCUUUUAUGUUUUUGAAUAAUUAAACUUAUUGCAUUGAUUAUUUUAUCUUUGUUGAAUUACAUUUUCAGGAAUAUAAUUCUUUAUUUACUUUAAAAAAAAUAUGUCAUGGAAGUCAAAGAAAGGGAUUAUUCAUAUUUGCUUUCAUUGUUAAUUGAUUGUUAAUGGUACUAAUCCUUAAAUAGUUCACUGAUGAAUUUAAUACCUUGACUAAAUAAUGUAAAUUAAACCUCAUAUAUAAUACCAAAUAAGUCAAGUGGACAGAUAUCAAAUAAAUAAUGCUACGAGUUACUUGUUGUUAUGGUUACUUGAAUUGAAAUAAUAAUAGUAUGUCAAUUGGUAAUAAUAAUAAUAACGGAUAAGAAUCAGAAAAUUGUUAUCAUAUUAAUAAUUUUUAUUCGACAUUGGGUUGUCUAUAGAUGGCUGGUACUUGAUUUUAAUUAUGUUUUCAGUUUAGGAGACUAAUCCGGGUUAAGCUUGAACCUUUUACACUGUUUUUGGAUGUUUGAAAUCAGUUUUGAAUUGGUUACAAUAAAUAUAAAUUUCACUAAAAAUUGCUUAUAACAAAACGCAGUAAAUUUGGUCUAGUAUUAUGAAGUAGAUGUCCAGUACUUGAUUUUAAUUGUUCUUAGUUAAGGUUUAUCAGGGUUAAGCUUGAACCUAUUACACUGUUUUUGGAUAUUGGAAAUGUGUUUUGAAUUAAUUAAGAUAAAAAUAAAUUUCAAUAACUAAAAUUCCAUAUAACUAAACGGGUCACCCAUAAAAUAGUUAAUUACUUGGACCCAGACAAUACAUUUGUGGCUGAAGAUGGGACUCAUAAAUAACAAAUUGAGUCGUAGUGUAGAGUAGUCAAGAGGUUUAUCAGAAAACAAAAUUAUAACAAUUUACAUUACAUUGUUUCAUUUACAACUAUCAUAGCAGAGUUUAGUGUAACCAAACUAACGGUGCGUAACGAAGAAUGUUAAUGCUCAUGAAUAUGUCAUUUAGGUUAUCGGUAUGUUGUUGUGGCGGUGGGGGUUUAUAGAAAAUUUAUAGGACAAAAUUUUCAAGUUAUAUAAGAACCUUUACGGUGAUAGUUCGGUACUGUGUGCUUCAAGACAGUACUGAUCACAUCAUUCAUCAUUGAGUUUCUUUGAGAAUUUUUGAUCUUCAACUAUCAAGAUGUCCGUAUGCAAAGAAAACGAAGACUGUGUUGAGGUUAUGGAGAACCACUCAAAUCAGAAGGAAACGAUGGCAGAUUUAGCAAACACACAGGCUGUCAUGGAAAUCGACCCUCCAAUGAAAAGGACAAGAAAAAUGUGAAAUUAUCGAAAGUGAAAGUGAUUCGAAAGAAUCCUUUCAUAGAAUGGUUAGAAGGUUUGUGGACAAACAAUGUAAUUCUAAUAGUGAUGCGUCCUGGGUUCUAGCCAUUCAGAUCCAUGCGCUAAAAGUAAAAAAAUUACAAAAUGUACACCAUGGGUCAGCAGAUACAAAAGAUAAUGAAGGAGUUCUUUCAAUGAAUGAAGACAAACAAGAAGAACUUAGCAAGUUGUUCGUCCAAUAUUUUUACAGAGUGAUUCUCAAGAUAAGGGUUCUCCAUGACAUAUGGGAGGCUGCAAGCGAUGGAUUACGAGGUCGCUUUCAGAAUGCAAUAGUUCGACCUGUACUCAAAUUGUUACAUGGAGCUAAUGGAGAAACAGAAGAAAGUGGAGCAAGCUUCCAGCAGCAGCGAAAUGGAACAAUUACAGGCAUCUUCAUCAUUCAUGAUCACGGAGUAUGAAAAACAUCUCCACGACUGUACGUACAGUGGAUCCAUAUGUAGGUACCGGCACUUCGAAAGAGUGUACAACAGACGACACACAAGAGGAAGAUUUCCACUGGAAGACAACUCAAAUGAUGGACAUUCCCAAUGGAGAAACCUUCCUCAAAGAAGCGGAAAAUCUAAGCAGAAAAGAGACGGAAACAGAGAACGAGAUGCACAAACCGGGUUCACUAUUCAAGGUGAAUCAGACAAUGAAUGAGAGUAGAGUUUCAGUGGAAGACGAAUCGGACCGGAGGUUGAUGAAGCUGACCAUAAAGCGGAACAGAGACCGACAUAUGUAUGUAUGACUCCGCCACCAACCAAGAUUCGGCUGCGGAGGGUAGGGAGAGCGACGCCUCAAGAUUCCGUCACUCCUCUCUUCUUCUUCUUCUUCUCCCGCGGCCCACCACCACCGCGGGUGCGGUCCCGCCAGAGUUGCGGAGGAUAGGAAUCGUAAUAUCAACACUCUACAUGAAGUAUAUCAAUGGUGACUCUAAACCUAGAAUGAUUGGGUGAAAAAUUGUGUGAUAAGAAAAGUGUGGUUUUCAAAAAUACUUUGGUGGUUUGAAGUUAUAGAAAAAAUUAAUGAGCAAAUAGUGACAAAGUAAAUUUAUGCUGCAGACAUUUUAGUGGCAGAGUCCGCAAAGGAAUUUUGUAAGAUGGAAGUUUAUCGACCAAUUUGGCCAUCGACCAGAUAUACUGAAGAUGGGCCAAAUUGAGAGUAUCCCUAACUGACGAGCACGGAUACGUGAUACGUUUAUGACAGGCGUGAGACUUGAUAUAUGUAUGUCAUAAUAUAUAUUUUAUAUUUUUAGGCAGGAUGAGUUGAAAGAUGGAGUUCUUGUAGGCGAGGAUAAGUUUGGCAACAAGUAUUAUGAGAAUCCUCGUUAUUUCUAUGGUAGCAAUCGAUGGGUUGAAUAUUCCGACAAAUAUAACAUGGACUAUGAUGGUAGCCAGGUCCCAGCUGAAUGGUUUGGAUGGCUUCAUUAUAAAACAGAUCUGCCCCCACAUAUGGUAAAGUAUAAAAGCUAACUAGCAAAACUAUGAUUAAAAAUACUUUAAAAACUUGUGACUGUAGUCAAUAUGAUCGGUUGGAGAACAGUAUAAUGUUGGACGCGUGCAUUCAACAAAAUCAAAGGACCACCUGGCUCAGAAGUGCAUUUGGCAAUCACAUGGACAGUGGUAGAGCCACGCGGCAGCUUUUGCUGUCGCACGGAUGGGCCGGCUCGAACCGGGGUGGUACCACGACCUCACAGAAAACCAGCGUGAAGUAGAGGUUUACCUCUGCGUUUCGCUUGGUGAGUGCAGGUGGCCGGAGGCCCAUUUUACUGGAAAUGAGACAUUCCAUCUUAGUCCUCACGGGUGACAUCGCAUCUACAUUUUGAUUUGUAAUAGAAGAUAGAUGUAGAUGUCUAUGGGCCGCAGCAACCACUUACUAUCAGGUGGACUGUGUGCUCGUUUGUCACCCUUAUCCUAUAAAAAAAAAACAUCAAUACUGAUAUAAUUUUUUUUUAUUUGGAAUUGGAAUUUAAUAUGAUUGUUAUUGAUUAUAACAAAAGAUAUCUUAGCUUUCCGAUAAUAGUUUCGAUAGUCUACGUAUAUGAUGUUUACAGGACGGAAUCGGAUGAUGGAUGUUUUAUACUAUUUACUAUUGAAACUAAUUUUUACAUUAGAGAAUAAAAACCUCUUAAAUUACUGCAUCAUUAUUGUUACAUUCCCUCACAAGUCUACUGCUUUUUUUUAUGGAAUAAGAGUGACAAACGAACACGCAGUCCACCUGAUGGUAAGUGGAUGCCGUGGCCCAUACACAUCUACACCUGUCUUCUAAGAAUCAACGUGCAGAUACGUUGCUACCCCUGAGGACUAAGACGGAAUGCUGCGUUUCCAGUAAAAAGGGUCUCCGGUUCUCUACACCCAGUGAGUGUCACCCACCAUACGUAAAACAGCAUCAUUUAGCUUCUAUUUUACGUGGUAUUCUGUGAGAUUGUGGUCCUUCUCCGGUAGAGCCAACAUAUUUUGCUAGAACCUUAUUAUAGCAUCAGGGGGGAUCUACCACGUGGAAAAUAUAAGUCUCCCCCAAGGAUAGCCGCAAACCAUGGUCUUGAGCCAAUUUGUUGUAAUGUUGGUACAUAGAUCUAUGUAUGUAGCGAGUGCGAUAUUGUCCGGGUGGCGAUCAGUUGUGAAAUAAACGUUUAAGCAAAUAAACGGUGUCUCAUAUAAAUAUUACACUUAUAAGUAAGUAGUGCAUGACGCAUGACAACAAUCCCAACUGAUGGUAAAAAGUGGUGUAGCCCUAGAUGGUAAACGCACUGGUUAAGUUUUGCAAUAUCUUAAAGUCACUUGUAAACUGAAAAAUAAUAUCAAAACAUGGUACACUGAUUUGUAUAAUAUUUUAUAACAACUAUGAUUGUUCAUAAUAAGUAUGUGUGUUAAAGACGAGAAGAAUGAUCAUCAUCAACACUAUCAUUGCAGCCCUUCAUAAGCCCACCGCCAUACACAGGCCUCCCCCAAAAAAUGCCACAAAGCACGGUGCUAGGCCACCUGCUUCCAACAACUUUCUACUAGGCACUUCUUACUAGGUCGUCACUCCAUCUGCUGCCUGAGGUUGCCGCUCGAGAACCUUUCUUCUCCAUCGGUGGUGGGUUCUUCGGGACGACCCACUGCCACUUCAGCUUACCGUUAAGAAUUUUAUUACAGGAUUAAUAUUUUGCAUACAACAACGUUAGUGCAUUUACGAUCACGGUAGUUUGAGUACAUGAUUACUGAAGUGCGGAUUGUCAGAUCUAUGUAUUUACCAUUGAUCGCAUCGCAAGUCUUACAUGCAGUUAGGAUAGGUGACUGCUUCUAUUUCUGUCGCUUGUGCAUCUAUAUAUGUAAUAAUAAUAAUCGUUUAUUCAAUAAUACAAAUGUACAUAGCAAUCAGUCAGAGAUCCUUUCAGUAAGUUUAAAAAAACUUGUAUUAGAGAAGACCCCUCUUUCGUUAAGGAUAUGUCCUUAAAUACAGUGUAAACUCUAUAUAACGACACUCAGGGGAAUGUGCAUAUUUUGCGUUAUAGAGAGUUGUCGUUAAAUGGAACGAAGACAAAUCUGUAUUAGGAAAAGAAAAAGUUUAUUUCAGACCAGUGUUAGUAAUUACAUAAAAACAAUUUUUAUUUUAACGCUAUUGCGUAUAAUCUAUUAUUUUCGUCUGACGUCUUUUGCUGCACCAGUAAUUGUGUUGUAUCUUUUUAUCUAUUUUAUUCAUACCUUGCGAUAUUGAGUCAUCUUAGUGGUAAUGAAAGUACUUUUCCAAUAAUUUUUUCUUACCUAAUCCUAAAUUUCUUUAUCUGUGAGUAAAGCCGUUGUAAGCAGGCAGUCGUCUACUGCGAUGUAGGUUUGAAGAUUUUCUGUAAAAUUUUGUAAGUGAACUUAAAAAAAAUUCUUGCUUCAUCAGUAUUAAAAAUGUCACUUGGGGCGUAUUUUUCUAUCAAUUUUGACCAUACUCUAUUAAUCCAGUCGUGAGUAACAUUUGUAUCAACAUUUCGUGCUUCUUCACUAAUUUUACCAUAGUUCAUAUGAUGACGUUGUUUGAAUUUUUCGAGCCAUCCUUCUGAUGAUUUGAACGAAGUUAAACCAAGUUCUUCAGCAAACUUCUCCGCCUUAGAAUUUAUGAUCGGCCCCGAGAGAGGCAUAUUAUUCUGGCGCUGUCGGUGAAACCAUGAUAGUACAGCUUGAUCCAAAUCUUCGUAUUUAGGUUUCUUUAAUUUUUUGGAAGAUUUUCCAUCCUCCUCUGCUUCUAGAAUUUUUUCUUUAUUUUUCCAUAUUGUGGACACGGUAAAGCGACUAAAUCCAAAGCGUCUACCAACAUCACUUAUCUUCUCUCCCGCCUCUAUUGCGCGCAUCAGUAACACUUCGUCAAUACACAGUGAUUUUCUCUUAUUUGCCAUGUUUACAGUUUGAAAGUUUGUGAGCUGCUAUGAAUAUGAUAACGUAUAGAUAAUCCAUGACUCCUACUAACCAACACUCUAUACGUGCAAGCAAUCCCAAUUUGUAAACAAAACAACGGAUUUCUUAGAGAGCUUGGUACGUAUGAUGCCGACAAUUGAGUUUAUUACGGUCUACGAUAAUAAAGCGACAAAAGAACAAAAAAGAACACACAGCUGUGCAGUUUUUACUAAUUUUUGAAACUUAAAAAGUACUUUUAAUUAUUUAAUUGUUUCGUUAUGGAGGGUGGGUGUAAUGUUAUAUAGAGUGUAUCAUUGUAUGGAAGACAAGCUAAACCAACCAAAGUAGAGUGAUUUCGACGCUUUAGGGAGUUUGACGUUAAAUCGAGCGACGUUACAUGGAGUUUACGCUUUAUAUAGCAAAUAUGUACUUACAUAAAUCCUGUGCAUUUCAACAGUGUCCGAAAGUGUUGAAAAGUUAUAUACAACGUUGUAAAAAUCCGUCUGAGAAUAUCAUCAAUUAUAAUAUACCAUAAAAUAAGUACACAAAAUUAUUUUGAGAUAAAGCCGUGAUAUUUGAUUUCAGGACCCCAGCCGACCCAAAUACAAGUGGAUGAUAGAAUUCACGGAGAAUAUGUCCGGAACGACUGGGCAGUACACUCCUUACAGUACUACGAGGCCCAAGGUUGAGCCCUGGAUUCCCAAACGUAAAAGCAAUGCUUAAAAUGUCUAUAUAAACAUUUUAAACGUUGCUAUUACGUUGAUUAGUGGGCUUGAAGUCAGACUUUUGUUUAAUGUUAAAGCUAUAUAAAAAUAUAGUACGAAAAUUAUCCUUUUCAAUAAAUCAAACGUUGUACAUUUUAGCUUUAAGUAGAAAGUGAAAUAAAUUGAUAAUUUUCGUU